UGAAGUUUUGCCGCUCCAGCUCCCACGUUUGCAGCAUUUGGACAGCUUUCGUCUUCUAGAGAACAACAGCGGACCCCGACGACUCAACCCGGAGACCCUUAGUCACCAAAGGCUAAAGCAGCAGUUACUGGAGACUGAGAUCGGCACCAGAAGGAAGGAGUGUGAAGCACUUGAGGCGGAGGUGAAGAAAAAGAAUCAAACAUGCCAGACUUUGGAGAAUGAGCUUCAAGAUUUCCUCCAUGAGAACAAACACUUGAACCUCCAUUUGUUCAACAGUAGCAACAAGACAUCUGAGUAUGAGAAGGUGAAGUCUGAGUAUGCCCAGCUCAAAGAGACCCUUGGUGCUGUGACGCAGGAGAGAGAUUUAGCCCUGUGGGAGAGGAACCAGCUCCAAGGCAAACUGGAGAACCUAGAGCAGGUGCUCAAGCAUAUGCGCGAGGCUGCAGAGCGGAGGCAGCAGCUAGAGUUGGAGCAUGAGCAGGCCUUGGCUGUACUCAAUGCAAAGCAGCAGGAGAUUGAAGUUCUUCAGAAGGCUCAGGUUGAGGCAAAAAAGGAACAUCAAGGCGCUGUCCAUCUGUUAGAGAACCACUUGGACAGCAUGCAGGCCAAAGUCCGCGAGCUGGAGGAGAAAUGUCGCUCUCAGAGUGAGCAGUUCAACCUCCUGUCAAAAGAGCUGGAGAAGUUCCGGCUCCAGGCAGGGACGUUUGAUAUCCUCAGCACUGAACCCUUAACUGUGUGCGGGUCUCCUCCUGGGUCGCCCACCAAAUCCCUCUCACAGCUCCUCAACGGACUGGCUGCCCCCAUAGGAAAAGGCAAUGAAGCUCCAACAAGUAGAUCUUUGAUAUCUGAGUUCAUUCGGCCGCUGCAGAUCAGUGGAGAGAAGCCGGAGCUCCUCUCUGUCAAGCCAACAUUCCUCACUCGUGGUCGAGUCAGCAGCCCAGCACGGGCCUUCCUCUCUGAGAUGGACAAAGAGCUCGGCUCAACUACCAGGUCCAAACCGACGUUCACAGGGAAGGUUCGUCUGUGUAUUGCUCGCUACAGUUACAAUCCUUAUGACGGGCCUAACGAGCAUCCUGAGGCAGAGCUCCCCCUGGUGGCAGGGAAGUACCUCUACGUUUACGGGCCAAUGGAUGAGGAUGGCUUUUACGAAGGAGAGCUGCUGGACGGGCAGCGGGGACUCGUCCCAUCCAACUUUGUGGAGUCUGUCGCAGAUGAGGAUUCAGCCUUUGUCAAACACAAGGACACAGUGGCUAAAGAACCUGGCUACCUCAACCACAGUAGCCUGGGGGCUCAGAGACUAAAAGUCGGCACAGGAGCGGGAACGAGCAUAAGCCGACUGUUGUCUGACAGACUAGACUGUUUAAGCACCAGCAGCUUGGGCAUGGACCUCCUGGGCUCCUCUAGCAACGGGACAGGAACCUUGGAUGUCAACAUUGACGAGGUCGGUGAAGACAUUGUGCCUUAUCCCCGCCGCAUCAACCUGAUUAAACAACUAGCCAAGAGUUUGAUUCUUAGCUGGGAUCCUCCUGUGGUCCCGCCGGGCUGGGGCUCCAUCAGUGGCUACAAUGUCUUGGUGGAUAAGGAGUUGCGCAUGAGUGUCCCCUACGGGGGCAGGACAAAGUCUCUUCUUGAAAAGCUCAAUCUGGAAACCAACACAUACCGUAUCUCGGUGCAGUCCAUCACUGAGCGGGGCCCGUCGGACGAGCUGCGCUGCACUCUGCUCGUGGGAAAGGACGUGGUGGUGGCACCUUACUACCUGCGGGUGGACAACAUCUCGCAGGUCUCUGCUGAGCUCUCUUGGAUGCCAAGCAGCAGCAACUACAGCCACACCAUCUUCCUCAAUGGUGCAGAGUACGACAUGGUCAAGGCGGGGGGCUAUAAGUACAAGUUCUUCAACCUGAAGUCCAUGACAGUUUACAAGGUGAAGGUUGUGGCGCAGCCGCAUCAGGUGCCUUGGCAGCUUACCCUAGAUCAAAGGGACAAGAAGGAGAUCUCUGUGGAGUUCUGCACUCAGCCUGCAGGGCCCCCUCUUGCUCCCCAGGAGGUGCAGGUCCAGUGUGGUCAUACGCCGGGGAUUCUGCAGGUCAGAUGGAAGCCGCCACCUCUGACGUCUUCAGGAACCUCCAACGGGGCCAGUGUGCUCGGCUAUGCUGUAUGCACAAAGGGACAAAAGAUAGCAGAAGUCCUAUACCCCACAGCUGACUAUGUGACUGUGGAGUUGAACAGGAUUCAGGGUCUGGAGGCCAGGGAAAUCAUUGUAAGGACGUUAUCCACACAGGGAGAGUCACAGGACUCGCCCGUGGCCGUCAUCCCGAACAAUCUCUUGGGCUCACCACGCCUCUCCCACCGGACCACUGCGCCGUCCCAUCCUAUGUCCCACCCACAGUCCCACCCUCCUUACCCAUCAACAUACCCCCCAAAUCAUCCUCAGCCCCAGGUGCAGCCUUUGCCUCGAGCCCAGCCCCACACUCUGCCCCACACACAGCCGCACACGCAGCCCGUCUGCCAACCCCCUCCUCAUUUCCCGCACCACCCCAUGCCCAAGUCCACACCGUUAGUAAGUGCCAGAGAGCAAGAAACCAAAGAGCAUGAGGUGGGAAUGCGGACAGCCCCGCCCUGGGAGCGAGCCCCCUCUCCGCUGCCCCCCAUGCGGGGACCCAACCUGGAGCCGCCUCACUUCCAGCCACGGCGAUCGCCCUCUCCUCAGAGGAUCCUGCCACAGCCUCAGGGAGCCCCCAUCCCCAACACCAUCGCCAAGGCCAUGGCACGGGAAGCUGCCCAGAGAGUGUUUGCCGAGGGCAACCGGGUUGAGAAAAGGAAUAUCUUUAGUGAGCGAGGUAACGCUUUGCAUCCAGUCAACUCUGAUGAGGAGGAGGAUGGCUACGACUCUCCUCAUGCGAGGAGAAGAGGAGCAUCCGUGGAUGAAUUCCUCAGAGGAUCAGAGUUGGGGAGACAGUCCCACCAUCAACACUACAGCCACAGCGAGGAGUACCACACGGAGAGCAGCCGGGGCUCUGACCUGUCCGACAUCAUGGAGGAGGACGAGGAGGACCUUUACUCUGAGAUGCAACUGGAGGAGGGCCGUAGGCGGAGUAUAAACUCUCACAACACUCUUAAGAUCAUUGGGAACUCUUCAUCACAUGGAAACUCUGAUCGCCUGGACCACUCAGGAAGGAGGGCGGUUCACAUCGGCAACCCCCCUCAACUGCGGCAAAUCCCAUCCAUUGAGAUCACCAUGGACAGUAACAGUGAGGGGAACCUCUCACCCGUCAAGGAGGAUGUUAACUAUGGCAGUGUAGCUCGGCGCAGGAUAUGGCGAGCUUUGUCCUCAGAGGAUCAAUAUGACGGCUAUGGCGGGCGGCGAACCGGGCGGGGACGGCGCUCCCCGGAAUACUACGAGGAGUCGGAGCCGGACGAGAUGACGCGUGUGUUCGUGGCUUUGUUCGACUACGACCCCAUGUCCAUGUCUCCCAACCCUGACGCUGCUGACGAGGAGCUUCCAUUCAAGGAGGGCCAGAUCAUCAAGGUCUUUGGGAACAAAGACACGGAUGGUUUCUACAGGGCGGAGGUCCGGGACCGAGUUGGUCUGAUCCCUUGUAACAUGGUCUCUGAGAUCCAAACAGAGGAUUAUGAUAUGAUAGACCAGCUCCUUAAACAGGGCUUCCUGCCACUCAACACUCCUGUGGAGAAGUUAGUGAACUGUGACCGUUUCAAAGAUGGCCGCUCAAUAAAUCGCAGGUCCAGAAAGUCCAAGCGAGAGAGGAACAGGCGGAGUGGCCGGCAGCAUCCGAUGUCCACACGAAGAAUGGUGGCUCUGUACGACUACGACCCCCGGGAGAGCUCCCCUAACGUUGAUGUAGAGUAUGAGGGCAACAGACUGAAUGAGGAGCCUGAACUGACUUUCUGUGCCGGUGACGUCAUCACAGUUUUCGGUGAAAUCGAUGAAGAUGGCUUUUACUAUGGCGAGCUCAAUGGACACAAGGGACUAGUUCCUUCCAACUUUCUAGAAGAAGUGCCUGACGAUGUGGAGGUUUUUCUCACUGACUCACCAUCUCGAUACCCCCAGGACACUCCUGCACGGAUAAAGACCAAAAGGGUACAUGCUCCUUCGCAGUACUAGCCCUCUGUCAUCCAUUUUCAGUUCCCUCUAUCUCUUUUAGUACCGUGUCUGUGCGUGUGUGUGUCUCAUUGAAGUACAAUGGGAUUUCUGACUUUGGAGCAUUACACUGUAA